AUGUCUGAACCCAUCAGAAACAAGAAGGCAGACUUUCCAGUCGCCCCUACGCCUCAAAAUACACCCGCAAACAACGCCCCUAUCUCUUCUCAUGCCCAACAGCCUGGAGUCGCUAGCAUCAAAGAAGAAUCUCUUGAUCAUGCUACGGCUGCUUCUCUUUUCGCAAGAAAUCCUGGACUCGUAUCCAUGAUCCAGGGAAAGCUUGGUUCUCUUGUUGGACGUUCGUCUGGCUAUAUCGAGUCGCUUCCUGUAUCUGUCCGUCGACGUGUGGCCGGCCUCAAGGGUAUCCAAAAAGAGCACGCGAAGCUGGAGGCUCAGUUCCAGGAGGAGGUCUUGGAGCUUGAGAAGAAAUACUUCGCCAAAUUUACCCCUCUUUAUCAGAGACGUUCCACAAUAGUCAACGGCGCCGUGGAACCGACUGACGAUGAGGUUGAUGCAGGACAAAAGGAAGAAGAGGAAGAUGUAGGUGCGAAGGGAGGCGAAGAAGAGCCCAAGAAAGAAGAGGGCAAGGAGGCCGCAAUGUCCGGCAUUCCCGAAUUUUGGCUGUCUGCCAUGAAGAACCAGAUUUCGCUCGCCGAGAUGAUUACCGAGCGGGAUGAGGAAGCCUUGAAACAUCUCGUUGACGUCCGCAUGGAGUAUCUCGACCGCCCAGGGUUCCGUCUUAUCUUUGAAUUUUCAGAAAACGAGUUUUUCACCAACAAAAUAAUUUCGAAGACCUAUUAUUACAAGGAGGAGAGCGGUUACGGUGGUUAUUUCAUUUAUGAUCAUGCCGAAGGAUCCAAGAUCGACUGGAAAUCCGACAAAGAUCUUACAGUUCGUGUGGAGAGCAAAAAGCAGAGGAACAAAAAUACGAAGCAAACCCGUGUGGUCAAGGUUACAGUGCCCACAGAGUCGUUCUUCAAUUUCUUUUCUCCCCCGCAGCCGCCAACGGAUGAUGAUGAUACUGUUGCCACUGACAUCGAAGAGCGUCUUGAAUUGGAUUACCAACUUGGAGAGGAUAUCAAGGAAAAACUCAUUCCCCGCGCAAUCGAUUGGUUCACUGGCGAAGCUCUUCAAUUUGAGGAAUUGGGUGAUGACAUGGAACCUGAUGAUUUUGACGACGAGGAUGAAGACGACGAAGACGAGGAUGAGGACGAUGAGGAUGAUGAUAGGAAAUCUGACCGUGAUAUUGACGAGGAUUCUGACGACGAAGAGGACGGUGCUUCCAAGCCCAAGAAGGAGGCGGCUGAGUGCAAACAAAGCUGA